CUUUCUGUUGUCAAUAGUUUCCUCUCACCGGGCUUGACUACGGUGACGCAAUCGAAUUCGUGACGUAAUCGAACCUGGAAACAUUCUGAUCAACUGUUAGGUCUACAAAUUAAUCCGUAUAUAUAUUAGUUUUUUUUUUUUUUUUUUUACAGAGACUCUGAUGAACAUAUUCUAUGCGAAAAUGACAGACGACAAUUUAUCUGAACAGCUAAAGCAGUUUAUCAGUUCUCAUGGAGGGGGAGUUGUUGUAAACUGUCAAAGCGUGUACAGUAUGAUGUACAGUAUGCACAGCAGGCUGGAGCGCCUUGAAGCCGAGAGAAAGACAGCGGAUGUGAGGAAAGCAGAUGUCGGUGAGUCGCAGCUGGAUGAGAAAAGCUCAAGUCAUACUGAUGAGCAGAAGGCGGCGCAGGAGCAACUGUCCAGCGGUACAGAGAUGCCGAGCCUCUCCACCUCGAGCGGACAAGUGGAGGACAGGGAGGAAGGAGUGUCCAAGUCUCUCAUGCAAGACUUGGUAAAAGAGAAUCAGAAGGUGAAGAAAGAAGUGGAGACACUUAAAAAUCAGUUUAGUCAGUGUGUGACUUUGGAACACGUGCAGGUCUUGCUAAGUCAGCAAGGUCCUCUGGUCUCUGUAUCUGAUGGAGCCCUAAACCAGCUAGCUGGCCAGACCCAGUCCCAGCAGAGCAGUCUGCUGCACAGUAUCCUCUGUAGGCUGGAGCGCCUUGAAACUGAGACAGAGACAGCGGAUGGAAGGAAAGCAGACGUUGACCGCGAUGUCUGUGAGUCGCAGCCGGAUGAGACAAGCUCAACUUGUAUUGAUGAGCAGAAGGCGGCGCUGGAGCAACUGUCCAGCGGUACAGAGAUGCCGAGCCUCUCCAUCUCGGACACGAGCAGACAAGUGGAGGACAGCGAGGAAGGAGUGUCCAAGACUUUCAUGCAAGUCUUGGUAAAAGAGAAUCAGGAGCUCAAGAAGAAGAUGUACAGCCUGAAGAAAGAAGUGGAGACACUUAAAAAUCAGUUUAGUCAGUGUGUGACUUUGGAACACGUGCAGGUCUUGCUAAGUCAGCAAGGUCCUCUGGGCUCUGUAUCGGAGGGAGCCCUAAACCAGCUAGCUGGCCAGACCCAGUCCCAGCAGAGCAGUCUGCUGCACAGUAUCCUGUGUAGGCUGGAGCGCCUUGAAGCCGAGAGAGAGACAGCAGAUGGAAGGAAAGCAGAGGUUGAUCGCGAUGUCGGUGAGUCACAGCCGGAUGAGAAAAGCUCAACUCGUAUUGAUCAGCAGAAGGCGGCACAGGAGCAACUGUCCAGCGGUACAGAGAUGCCGAGUCUCUCCACCUUGGACACGAGCGGACAAGUGGAGGACAGCGAGGAAGGAGUGUCCAAGUCUCUCAUGCAAGACUUGGUAAAAGAGAAUCAGGAGCUCAAGAAGAAGAUGUACAACCUGAAGAAAGAAGUGGAGACAUUUAAAAAUCAGCUUAGUCAGUGUGUGACUUUGGAACACGUGCAGGUCUUGCUAAGUCAGCAAGGUCCUCUGGUCUCUGUAUCGGAGGGAGCCCUAAACCAGCUAGCUGGCCAGACCCAGUCCCAGGUCAGCAGGGAGGUUGAGCAGGUCCCAGAGACACUGGAAGCUCUGACGGACCAUGGGGGACUACAGGAGAAGCACGAGAGCCUGGAGGCUCCUGUGGAACGCCUGGAAGGAGAACGAGACGAUACACUGGAUCAGUUGAAUCAACUGAAAACUCAGUUGGUGGAUGCUGUAACGGUAGAUAGAAAGAAGGUUUAUGAGGUGCACAUGGGCCCAGUGAACAUGUCAGAAAGUUCAGGAUUAGGUGAGGAGCUUGCCAUGUCUGAGGCAACACAAAGCCAGAGCAGAGACAGUUUCAGUGGACUAGAGCAGCAGCUUCAUCUGCAAACAGCUGACAUCAGGAAUGCAGUGCAGAAGCUGGAUAUGGAGGUGCGAAAUAUGAAGCAGGAAUUGCUGACCAUCAGAUUGGAACAGAAGAGAAGCCCAUAUAAUGAAAUGCAGGAUAAGCUGGACAGCCUCCAGUCCAAACUAGAUUCUCUGAUGGCAUCCUCAUCCUCUAUGCUAUCAUGGAGCCUACAGCAGAAAGAUCUGGAUUCCCCAGCAGGUUGA